AUGAAUAGUGAAACUCAGACAGCCGAGGAUGUCAGACUCGGUGGAUCUUCACCCUUUGUUACAAUAAUGAAAUUAUGCCUUGGACCUUUAUUAUAUCAACUUUUUAAUGGUGUUCAAGAUUCAUUAGAUCUUUACAUCAUGAAAAGAGGCUUUGGCAGUAGAGGAGUUACUAUAGUUAGUAUUGCAUCAGGUUUAAGAACUCUUGUAACACUUGUUUCUACCUUUGCCAGUAGUGCGGCCACGAUUAAAACUGGUGAAUUAAUUGCAAAGCACGAAUUUGAAAAGGCUGGAAAGCUAUUUGUUGAAUUUGUUCGUGUUGGCUUAAUUCUUGGUAUAAUAUUACCAAUUCUUUUAAUUCCUUCAGGACCAAUGAUCAUUACACAGCUCGGCAUUACACCAGAUCUCAAAGAUGAUGCUUCAAAGUAUUUAUUCCCAAUUUAUCUGUAUCCAUUUUUCGCCUACUUAUUUAGCUUCAUUAACGGUAUAUUAAUGUCAAUGGGAUUUGCUAUUCUUUCAUCAGUUAUCCAAGUUUUAGCAUUACUCCUUGCUCUUGGUUUUGAUGCACUUUUCAUUUGGGGAUUUCACGCUUCAAUCGCUUGGAUGGGCGUUUGUUUUGUUGCUGGUCCUACUACAGUUUGUUUAAUAAUGUUCUUCUUAUUUGUUUUUAACAGAUUUGCAGUCAAACCAAUUUGGUCCGCAUUUGUCUCGAAACCAAGUCCAGAAUUUUGGGUUGCAUUAAAGUUAGCAAUCCCAACAGUUGUUAUGAUCUUAUUCACAUUAGUUUGUCCGCUCAUUGUUGUUGGAUUCGUUACAAAAGCUUCAAAGAAUAUCGGAUUAGAGAAAAUCAUUCCAACAGUGCAUUCUACUACAACAAAGGCAUAUACCAUUAUGCUUUCAUGCUCAAGUGGAGCUAUUUCAGGUCUUGUUCCAUGCGCAACUUGGGCAUUUACAAAGAAUGAUCUUUCCAGAUUCACAAAGCUUAUUGCAAACGCAUUCAUUCUUCCAGGCCUUAUCGUUGGCAUCAUGUGGCCUUUGAUGGUAUUUGGACCUAAGGUUAUUCUGAAGAUUUGGGUUGAUGAUCCAACAAUGCUUGAAUGGAUUCCAAAGAUUUCUCCUAUAAUGUUCUAUACAACAAUAUUUGAUCCAAUUAAUGGCAUUACUUCAAUGCUUUUGGUUGUUAUGGGCCAUCAAAUCCUUUGUGCUCUUGGAAUGAUGGUAAAGAACUUGGCUUUACUCAUCAGUGGCGCAGUAUUGUUUGCAAUAAAGAAGAACUCACCAAGAACUGUUUUGUUCUGCUACGCUUUCCAGGAUUCAUUUUUCUUGAUUUGCAAUGUUAUCUGUUUCAUCAUUGCUUUCAAGAAAUCAAGAGCUAAAGCUGAGGAACAGAAGCAGAUAUCUGCUAAUCUUCUUUCUGAAGGUAAUUAG